GUCAGUUCCGAGCUGAGAUGUUUACACGGAUGUUGAAAUGGGACGGGAGUAACAGAUUCGGAUCAUUGAAACUUUACCAUGGAGUGGUGGAAGGUGAUCGUGGCAAUUGGCUGGCUUUUUUCAACAACAGAAGCACAUGAUCCUAAAAAUAUUCUUGUACUAGGAGGAAAUGGAUUCAUUGGGGCUGCGACGUCAGAGAGAUUGAUUGCAAGGGGAGAUAAUCUUGUACUGGUAAAUCGUGGUAACUGGUACUGGGAUUCCAAGUCCACCGUGAAGCCAUUCGUCAUUCACUUAACUUGUGACCGGCAACGUCAAUUACGUCACUGUGAAGAUUUACGCCGAUUUAAAGACGCUGUAUAUUUUGAUGUGGUUAUUGAUUUUAGUGCGUACCACUCAGAAGCAGUUGAAGAUGUACUAGACUUACUGAAAAGUAGAAUAGGUCGGUAUAUCUACAUCAGCUCAGAUUCCGUAUACGAGGUCUGCCAAAAGAACCAUUCCAAUCCAAGUCUGGAAAGUGACGCCGUCCGUCCGUUUAAUACUGAAGAAAGGUUAUUGAUGGCUGGCAAGGAUGACUACGGCCAUAGAAAAUUAGAAUGUGAAGAGGUGCUUGUCCGACAAAGAGAGAAAGGCGGAGUCCCUUAUGUUUUGUUACGACUGCCGGACGUGAUUGGACCUAGAGAUAAUACGUACCGUUGGUGGAUGUAUCAAAUGUGGCUUAAACUUUCGGGCUAUCUUGAACGACAGAUUUCAAUUCCAAAGUUUCUCUUGAAUCAUAAACUAAGUUUUGUUUAUUCUCUUGACGUGGCUGAUUUGAUAGUACAGCUUACUGAAUGCGGGCUUGAAAAAUUUGACAAUGCGUACAAUCUUGGUACAGAUGAAACGCCCACCCUGCAAGAGGUGUUGGAGCUGAUGAAAAGACAGCUUGGUAUAGAAAACAUUCCCAUCCCUGUAAAUGAUAGCGCCGAUGCAAUUUACUUGUUCCCUUCCGUGAAGCUUGGCUCUAUUGAUUCUGGGAAAGCAAAAGAUUUGUUAAACUGGACACCAACCCCAUUUGAAAUAAUUUCAAAGCAGACUAUACAUUUUUACGAGUCCGCUAUUAGAAAUAAAGAUUUUGUCGUGGCGCGAAAAGAAAUUAUUAGAAAUAUGCAAGCAUAUUUUACCAAACAGCCACAUAAUGUUUGGUAUGGUCUAAGUGGAGUAUAUGGCAUAAAGUACCCAGACACACACGAUGAACUCUAACGUACAUUUAUUACCUUUUUUUCCAAAAAACAAAAGCAGCGUAUGACAUUUGCUUAUGACAAGGUUUCCAAUUUGCCAAAUUCAUUAUCAUUCAUACUAUUGUUAACGAACACAAUUUACGUUUUAUAUUUUUGGAAUAAAUUGUAAGAAAUAAA